UUUUCCAGUUUCACACCUUUUAAGCCUGGUGGUAACAUAAUCAAUUAUGUUGUAUUGUGUCUUAGUUUAACCGGGACCAUCUCCUUUUAGCGGAACACAGAUAACAGUGCAUCUUAAAAUUGGUGACACCUUUGAAAUUCAGUGUAUGAGAAGGACUUAGACUGUCCUAGAGUGAAUCAUAAAAGAUAGUUAUCAUACGAGGGUGAUUUAUUUACAGGUCUGCUUUUGUUUGCCAUCCACCAGUAACUUUCAGUAGAAACUGUUUCCUUUUUAGUGUGGCACAUGAAUAACAAAUGAUGCUUAAGGCACCAGGCAUCAUGCUAGGUUGAGUAUGUGAGAGGGUGGGGGGAGGCACUGUAAGUCUUCAGAAGGCAAGAGAUGUCUAGAAAAGGAGGCGGAUGUCCCUAGGAGGGCAGACAGACAAUUAUGGAAAGAAAAUCCUUUUCUAAUGGUAGAGUCUCCACUUUGAAAAGCUGCGCUAUUCCUGGGGGAGGCUAGAGACUCAUUCCAGGAAUGGAUUGUCUGGGAGGCACAUCAAGACAGAACCAGAAGAGAGUAAUUAACAAGGCAAGAUGCAGAGAAGCACCAAAGAAGGGGGACCCAGAAAAUGCCAGGCAUUCGGAGGAUGGAACCGUGAGUGGGGGCAGGCAGGAGACAGACAGGAGCUGGUAGCAUUUCCUUUUCCUCCCAGGCUGUGCAGUGGUGUGGGUUGGAGCCAAGUUUUGUGGAGACAACGGAUGCCAUUCUUUCUGCUUGGUGCUAUCUAGGCGUUUGCUUGAGAGCACCUUCCUCCCCCACCCCCAGGACUAGAGUGGCCCAAAGGCUGGGGAGUUCAUCAUUUGCUUGAGUUCUGGUUUAUCUGAUGGUAGGAUGGAUUAACUGCAGAGUUGGGGUUUAGAUGGUAGACAGAGGAAGAGAUCUCUUUCAUAUGCAUUAGUGAAAGUGAAGAGCAAAACUUUUUGAUUUCCUUUUUUAAAAAAUGGAUUGCUGUGUAAGCCUUCCAGAUGUUUACUUCUACCUCAUAGGGGUUUCAGAAUACAUUCUUUCUGUGUUGUUGUCUAGAAUUUUAACCCUCGAUAGGUGUGCCCAGCUAGGAAAGGGUCUGAUUAAUGGAUCCCUUUUGGAAGGCAAGAACUUAGAAGGCCCAGGGUCUAGGAGACGCAGCUCCUGUAUGAAGUGAAUGCCCUUUUUUUGCUUCCGUUGGCUUCCUUGGCAGUGUCUUGAAGAAGAAUAAGGUAUUGUGGCAGAUGUGUCUUGAACAAUCAGGAAGAAUGGUUUUGAGGUUAAAGAAAUUCCAGUGCUCUUCUCCUAAAAGCCUUUGAUGUAGUGGUAUUUAAAUCCUCAAAAAGGGCAUUUUUUGAGAAUAUAGAAAUUAUUUGGGAGGCCCGCUAAAGCCCAGUGUGAAGUGUUCUUCUGGGGAAGCCAGUCUCGUCGGCUUCUCUGUCCUGUGAGGAUUGAAAAGAGGGAGUGGUGCUUUUCAAACCAGGUCAGCAAAGACUUUGAAGCCCUUUUUAUAUCUCGGGCACCCAGAGAGAUACCUGUGGGCCCUCAGUGCUCCUGAUUUUGGUCAGUUUGGGUCUAACAUCCCCUAUUCCUUAUUUACAUCCACGACCAGAACAACCUAGAGAGGACUUGGAUGGACUUCUGGGGGUCUCUUGCCAGCUGCUGGCCUCCGGGGUGAUGGCUGUGGCGUUAACAGCUGCUUGUUCUGGUCCAGGCUGCUGCCCCAGCCCCAGGGAGAGGUGUUGAUGGGGUAUAUGAUCAGGCCGAUGGGAACGGCAAAUCCCCCUGAGCCCAUGUUGGAAGUGAAUUAGCGGAAGGUUGCUCUUAGACUCCUGACAAAUUGCUUUCAGUUCCUGCGGCCAAAAAGAGAACUCUGAAAACAGGGUGUAAAUUGGGUUAUUUACACUCCCUGUUUUUGUUGCUGCCAUGAAGUUGGUGAAGGAGGGCAUGGGUCCAAGUGAGCUUUUCAGGAUCUUGGUUGCUCUGUUCCUCAGGUACCUGGCAUCAGGAAUCCGAAGGAGAAUCACUAAAAUUGGUUCCAAGGCUGCCAUUUUCCAGAAGAGGAAACUGAGGACCCAGAGAAGGAAAUUAAAUUGGCCAAGAUGGGAUAAAGGUGCCCAGGCAGCCCUUGUCUUCAUCAAGGAGCCAUCCUCCCAGGAUGCACUGCAGGGGCGCCGGGCGCUGCUCCGCUGUGAGGUCGAGGCCCCAGGCCCGGUGCAUGUGUACUGGCUGCUGGAUGGGGCCCCCGUCCGGGACACCGAGAGGCGUUUCGCCCAGGGCAGCAGCCUAAGCUUUGCUGCUGUGGAUCGGCUGCAGGACUCUGGAGCCUUCCAGUGCGUGGCGCGGGACAACACCACGGGAGAGGAGGUCCGCAGUGCCAACGCCUCCUUCAACAUCAAAUGGAUUGAGACCGGCCCUGUGGUUCUGAAGCACCCAGCCUCAGAAGCCGAGAUCCAGCCUCAGACCCAGGUUACACUGCGCUGUCACAUUGAUGGGCACCCUCGGCCCACCUAUCAGUGGUUCCGAGAUGGGAACCCCCUCUCCGAUGGCCAGAGCAAUCACACGGUCAGCAGCAAGGAGCGAAACCUGACCCUCCGGCCAGCCAGCCCGGAGCACAGUGGCCUCUACUCCUGCUGUGCCCAAAAUGCCUUUGGGCAGACCUGCAGCAGCCAGAACUUCACCUUGAGCAUUGCUGAUGAGAGCUUUGCUAGGGUAGUGCUGGCGCCUCAGGACAUUGUGGUGGCAAGGAAUGAGGAGGCCAUGUUCCACUGUCAGUUCUCAGCCCAGCCACCCCCGAGCCUGCAGUGGGUCUUUGAAGAUGAGACUCCCAUCACUAACCGCAGCCGCCCCCCGCACCUCCGCAGAGCCACUGUGUUUGCCAAUGGGUCCCUGCUGCUGACCCAGGUCCGGCCGCGCAACGCAGGGGUCUACCGCUGCAUAGGCCACGGGCAGAGGGGCCCUCCCGUCAUCCUUGAGGCCACACUUCACCUGGCAGAGAUUGAAGACAUGCUGCCAUUUGAGCCACGGGUGUUCACAGCUGGCCGUGUGGAGCGCGUGGCCUGCUUGCCCCCCCAGGGCCUGCCGGAGCCCCGUGUGUGGUGGGAGCAUGCGGGAGUCCGGCUGCCCACCCACGGCAGAGUCUUCCAGAAGGGCCAUGACCUGGUGUUUGCUGGAACCAUCGAGAGUGACGCUGGUGUCUACACUUGCCAUGCAGCCAACCUGGCCGGUCAGCGGCGACAGGAUGUCAACAUCACUGUAGCCACUGUGCCCACGUGGCUGAGGAAGCCCCAGGACAGCCAGCUGGAGGAGGGCAAGCCAGGCUACUUGCAUUGCCUGACCCAGGCCACCCCCAAACCCACAGUCAUCUGGUACAGAAACCAGAUGCUCAUCUCAGAGGACUCGCGGUUCGAAGUCUCCAAGAAUGGGACCUUGCGUAUCAACAGUGUGGAAGUGUAUGAUGGCACAUGGUACCGCUGUGUGAGCAGCACCCCAGCCGGCAGCAUUGAGGCCCAGGCCCGUGUCCAAGUGCUGGAAAAGCUCAAAUUCACACCACCGCCCCGGCCGCAGCAGUGCAUGGAGUUUGACAAGGAGGCCACGGUACCCUGCUCAGCCACAGGCCGAGAAAAGCCCACUAUUAAGUGGAUUCGGGCAGAUGGGAGCAGCCUCCCCGAGUGGGUGACAGACAACGCUGGGACCCUGCACUUCUCCAGGGUGACUCGUGAUGACGCCGGCAACUACACUUGCAUCGCCUCCAAUGGGCUGCAGGGCCAGAUCCGUGCCCAUGUCCAGCUCACUGUGGCAGUUUUCAUCACCUUCAAGGUGGAGCCAGAGCGCACGACCGUGUACCAGGGCCACACGGCCCUGCUGCGCUGUGAGGCCCAGGGAGACCCUAAGCCGCUCAUUCAGUGGAAGGGCAAAGACCGCAUCCUGGACCCCACCAAGCUGGGACCUAGGAUGCAGAUCUUCCAGAAUGGCUCCCUGGUGAUCCAUGACGUGGCCCCCGAGGACUCGGGCCGCUACACCUGCAUCGCGGGCAACAGCUGUAACAUCAAGCACACGGAGGCCCCCCUCUAUGUUGUGGACAAGCCAGUGCUGGAGGAGUCUGAGGGUCCAGGCAGCCCUCCCCCCUACAAGAUGAUCCAGACCAUCGGGCUGUCUGUGGGUGCUGCUGUGGCCUACAUCAUUGCCGUGCUGGGCCUCAUGUUCUACUGCAAGAAGCGCUGCAAGGCCAAGCGCCUCCAGAAGCAGCCGGAGGGCGAGGAGCCCGAGAUGGAGUGUCUCAACGGUGGGCCUUUGCAGAACGGGCAGCCCUCCGCGGAGAUCCAAGAGGAAGUGGCCCUGACCAGCUUGGGCUCCGGCCCUGCGGCCACCAACAAACGCCACAGCACAACUGAUAAGAUGCAUUUCCCGAGGACCAGCCUGCAGGCCAUCACCACACUGGGGAAAAGUGAGUUUGGGGAGGUGUUCCUGGCGAAGGCGCAGGGCGUGGAGGAGGGGGUGGCAGAGACCCUGGUGCUUGUGAAGAGCCUCCAGAGCCGAGACGAGCAACAGCAGCUGGACUUCCGGAGGGAGUUCGAGAUGUUCGGGAAGCUGAACCAUGCCAAUGUGGUGCGGCUCCUGGGGCUGUGCCGGGAAGCCGAGCCCCACUACAUGGUGCUGGAGUACGUGGACCUGGGAGACCUCAAACAGUUCCUGAGGAUUUCCCAGAGCAAAGAUGAAAAACUGAAGCCACAGCCCCUCAGUACCAAGCAGAAGGUGGCACUGUGCACCCAGGUGGCCCUGGGCAUGGAGCACUUGUCCAACAAUCGUUUUGUGCACAAGGACCUGGCCGCUCGGAACUGCCUGGUCAGCGCCCAGAGACAGGUGAAGGUGUCGGCCCUGGGGCUCAGCAAGGACGUGUACAACAGUGAGUACUACCACUUCCGCCAGGCCUGGGUGCCACUGCGCUGGAUGUCCCCCGAGGCCAUCCUGGAGGGUGAUUUCUCCACCAAGUCGGAUGUUUGGGCGUUUGGCGUGCUGAUGUGGGAAGUGUUCACCCACGGAGAGAUGCCCCACGGCGGGCAGGCGGAUGAUGAAGUUCUGGCCGACUUGCAGGCUGGAAAGGCUAGACUCCCACAGCCUGAGGGCUGCCCUUCCAAGCUCUACCGUCUGAUGCAACGCUGCUGGGCCCUCAGCCCCAAGGACCGGCCGUCCUUCAGCGAGAUCGCCAACACCUUGGGAGACAACCCUGCAGACAGCAAGCCGUGAGGAAGGAGCCCAGGCAGGCUGUGCCUCAGGAUGGCAUGGGCAGGGGAGGAUUUCUUCCCACAGCAUGAUGGGCAAGAUCCCUGUCUUCCUUGGCCCCAGGAGCCCUGCCCUGGGACCACAGGCACUAUUAAGGUCUGGGCAGGGCCUGGACUUUCCUCCUCUCCCUCAUCCUCAGCCCUGGGGAGGCUGAUUCAGACCCAGACUGAGUGACUAGGGCCUUGAGCUGGGCAGCCUUCUCUGCCACCCCUUUCCCCAUCAGGGACAGUGUGGGUACCUCAGGUAACCCCAAUUUCUGGCCUGGGUCUCCUCCCAUUGACCAGGUCCAGUUCUGCCACUCACCUGCCAAGUUGGCCCAGGGAGGGCUAGGCUGGAGAUGAGCCGGGUCUGAGGGGAGUUCCUUAAUAUACUCAAGUUUCUGGAUAGUUCUGGUCCCUGGGGCCCACCCUGGGCUCUGCACCAGGAUUAUGGAGGAUGCGCCAGUGAAUCCUCCCCCCCCCCCGUGGACUUGUGCACACUGACCCAGACCCAUGCCGCCUCCUCACCCUUCUCUCCUUUCCUCAUCCUAAGUGCCUGGCAGAUGAAGGAGUUUUCAGGAGCUUUUCACACUAUAUAACCCGCCCUUUUUGUAUGCACCAUGGGCGGCUUUUGUAUGUACUUGCAGCGUGGGGUGGGGGGCAUGCGAGGGAGGGGUGGGCCCUGGAGGAGGUGGGAGGGUGGGCCACCCCUGCCUCACACCUUUAUUGUUGUUGUUGUUGUUUGUUUGUUUUGUUUUGUUUUGUUUUUUUUAAACACUCGCUGCUCUCAAUAAAGAAGCCUUUUUUACA